UGGGAGUGGCCAGAGGAGCUCGGUAGCUGUUCCGCCGACUGGCGGAGCCCGAGAUCAGGUGCUUGCGACGCAGAAAAACCUCCGGCACUAAGGAACCGCGGUGGCAGGGUCUAGCGAACCGCGAGGUGGCAGAUUUGGUGGCCGGGCAUGAUGCCAGUUCAAAGGCGACUCCUCGCACUCCUGCCGCUUCUGGCUGUCCUCUGCUCCACAGGUGUUAGCCUCAGAUGCUACAGCUGUUUAGACCCGGUUUCCUCGUGCAAAGCAAAUACCACUUGUUCACCUAACCUGGAUUCCUGUCUCAUCGCUGUGUCCGGAAUGCAAGUCUAUCAGCAGUGCUGGAAAUUUUCGGAUUGCAAUUCCAUGUUCAUUUUGACCCGAUUUGAGCUCGCAAAUGUAGAGUACAGAUGCUGCCAGCGGGACAUGUGUAACAAAAAGCUCAAAGAAGGAAGCAACGAUGCGGCAACCUCCUUAUCUGGGAAGACUGCGUUGCUGGGAACCUCGGUUCUGGCAGCCAUCUGGAAGCUGUGUUUCUAAGUCAUCCCUGAGCUCCGAAGCGCCUCUGUUCUCUUAUCUUCUUGCUGCUGCUGCAGCACUCCAAAGCUGUUUUUUUUUUUUUUCCAUUAUAGCCUUUUGGGAAAGAAUAAAGUUCACUUUAAUAUUGUGGAUAAGAGGAAGGGACUAAGCAGUGUGAGGACCACCCUGCCCACAGGGAAAACCACUUGAAGUUUAAGGGGGAAGUUCGUAGAUCCAAUUCCCAUAGGUUAUACAAAUCUUUCUCUGCUCUUGGGAGGACUGGCUUUCUAUUUCUGCUUAAGUGGGCUUUUGGCAACCCUCAGGGAUAUCUCUCUGGUUCCUAGAAGAUAGCUGAGAAGUGCAGUCAGUACCUGUAGGGGUGAGUGAGCCAGGGGGAUUCUUUUCAUCAGUCUGUCACACUCAUAAAAUACUCUCAUAGCCUUUGCAGAUCCUGAGUUGGUGUGUGAGUGUUCCAGAUGUGAGCUGUCAGUCAGGAUCAGUGAUGUUGUUUGUUUGUUGAAAAAGAAAAAACAAUACUGGGAAUGAAACCCAGAUCCUUGAGCAGGCUAUAGGCAAGUGCUGUACCCUGCAGCCAUACUCCCAGCUCAAGCCUAUUAUCUCGACACUGGAGAGGCAGGGGGAUUGCCAUAAGUUCAAGGCCAGCCUGACCAUACUGAAUUCCAGGCCACCCAGAACUAUAUAGUAAGACUAUGCCUCAAAAAAAGAAAGAAAGAAAAGUAAAAUAAAAAACAGUAACAAAAAAACUGAAGAAGGAAACACAAAAAGUCUGUCUGUUCUUUUUGUAGAAGUACCAGUGACUACAGUUUGAGGUUUUCUGCAUCUCUAAAUUUUGCAUGGGCUUUCCUAA